UAGAGUCUCGACUUACAGAUGGUAGUGAUAAUAAUUUAAAUAAUCCAACUUCUGGUACUCCAAAACAAAAUUUUCAAAUGAAAUAUCCACCUGAACCUUUUUUUGGCCCAGAUGGAGAUUCAAUGAUAAAAACACCUUCUGAUAUUGUUGACACUGAUCCGACACAACCAGUACCCAAGUGUACUGAUCCAUUACCAGCUAAUACUUAUCCAAUGCCAAGAUGCAUCUCUAAUAUUAUAUCUAAUUAUCGUUUAAAUCAGUUUGAUGUUGGAAGGGCAAUGAGCUAUCGAUCUAAAAGACUAACUAGUCAUUUGACUACUUUUUUUGCUCAAUUUGUUAGUUAUGAUAUUAGCAGUUCUCAAAACCAUGCACAACCAAGUCAUAAAUUGCAUAUACCAUCUGAUGAUGCAACUUAUAAUUCAUAUAAUUCAGUAACAUCAUUACCAGGUCAAUUGAGUAAUUUGAAGUCAAUUCCUUUUAAUCGAUCAGAUUUUCUUCCUACUACUACACAAACACCAAAGCGUACUGGUUACAAUAAUGCAACUCCUUUUCUAGACUUGAGUUCUAUUUAUGGUAUUACUACUGAAAAUGCAAAAAAUCUUCGUGAGGGUAAUAAAGGAAAAUUAAAGACUAGUGGAAAUAUAAAUGACCCUUACCCAUUUAAGGAUCCAACAACAGGAAAUUAUAUUGUUGGUGCUAGUUCUGCACGAUCAAAUAAUAUUUUUACAAUGGCUAUUCACACUAUUUGGUUGCGUGAACAUAAUAGAUUAUGUGAUGAACUUUAUGAAAAAAAUGGUGAUGCAUGGACUGAUGAUCAAUAUUUUGAAGAGGCUAGGAAAUGGAAUAUUGCAUUUUACCAAAGAGUUGUUACAGAAGAAUAUCUUGGAGUUGUACUGGGUAAACCACUGCCACCAUAUCAAAAAUAUGAUCCAAAUCUAACUCCAGGAAUUGAUGUUUUUUUUGCAACAAUAACGUUCAGAUAUGGUCAUAGUGAGCUGAGUGAUUUUUUUCAAAUUCAAGAUGAAUAUGGUGAUGCAGUUGUGGAAUUAUCAUUAGAAAAUAUUAUGAAACUGGGUUUUCUGGAAAAUUUUGGUGUAGCAAGUUUAUUGAGAUCAAUAUCUUUGCAACGUCAAGAAGAUGUUGAUAUAUAUUAUUCUGAUGCAACAAGAAAUGUUAAAUCACCUGAACCAAACAUUUAUGAUAUUGUAGCAUUUGAUGCUUUAAGAGCUAGAGAUAGAGGAAUUGCAUUAUAUAAUGAUGUUCGUCAGGCAUAUGGUUUAAAAAAAAAAGAUUCAUGGGAAAAUAUAACUUCAGUUAAAGAAAUACAAGAUCAUCUACAACAAUUGUAUCCCAAUGGUCCUAAUCAACUAGAAGCUUUGGUUGGAGCAAUGUCUGAAGAUCAUUUAGAUGGAUCAAACUUUGGUGAACUAAUGUACACUAGUAUGGUCACUCAGUUUAUGAAUAUUAGGAAUUCAGAUAGAUUUUGGUGGGAGAACAAAGAGAACAACUUGUUUACUGAUGAAGACAGAGCCAUCAGACUUAGAAAUCAAACAACAUUUAGAGAUAUUAUUAUACGUAAUUUAGAUGGUAUUUUUCAAACAGCAAUCCCACAAAGUAUUUGGUCAGUUCAACCAACACAGAAAUUGUCCAAGUCAUCAAAAUACUUUAAUCAUAUUUCCUUAUGGCCAGCAGCAUAUGUUGUUGGUUAUGAGAUUGCUGGAAAUUACAUUAACUUCCAAGUUCAAAUACUAACCACAAAUGGUAAUGCAUGGUUUGGAAUGGGGUUUGAUCCUGAUAAUAAUGGAAUGAGUGGAGCAGAUUUUGUAAUUGGAAUUAUUUCUAAUGGAAAUAUAUCAUCUUUAUCAAAUUAUCGAUCAGCUAUAACUGGUUACAACCCUCCUAUACCUGAUGGUGACGAUUCAGAUUUACAAAUAAUUAAUUAUACACCUCCUGAUAAAGAUAAUUUUGCAAUUAUUGAAUUCACAAGACCUUUAAUACCUUAUGGAAGAAAAGGGAUUAAAUAUGGACCUAUGAAAUAUAUUUUGGCCUAUAACCCUGCAAGUUCAGUAUUUUCAUAUCAUCAAAAUAAUCGUCAAAUGACAUGGUUUGAUUUUUACAAUAAUCAACUUUCACCAUCUGUAUCUUAUGGUCAAAGACUAGCAAAAUUAGCUCAUGGGAUUGGAAUGUUCUUAACUUGGAGUGUUCUAUUUCCUGCUUCUAUUUAUAUUGUAAGAUAUUACAAACAUACAAAUAGUUACAUCAAAACACAUCGACUUGCACAAUUGGUUGGUGGUAUUAGUAUCGGUAGUUUUGGUUCAGCAGCUAUGGCAACAAUCAGCACAAAAACAAGUCAUUCAUGGCUGGGAAUGUCAAUAUAUAUUUUGUUAUUUAUUGAACUUGGAUUAGGUCUAAUAUCAAUUUGGGGUCAAGUGUCAAUAGUGUCAGUUAAUCAUGGGUAUCCUAGAUUUGUUAAAAGAAUUCACAGAUUUUUUGGAUUUUCUUUAUUAAUAUCUGCAUGGGUAAAUGUAUAUAUGGGAAUUGAUGCAUAUUGUUUAUCUUAUGGAUCAGAAUCAUUAUAUUAUAAGAUUGUAUAUCUUACAUGGAUUGGUGUAGUAUUUAUAGCAUUUAUAUUUAGUGAGUAUUGGUGGAAUUGGAGAGGAAAUUUGAAAUGGAUAGAUACCUUGUUGAAUUUUGAAAAAGGAAACAAAAAAGAAUACGAUCUUUCAUCAUAUAUUAACAAAAAAGAUUUAGCUAAAUUAACAGAACUUACAUGGUGUGAAAUUAAUGAACAUGUUCAACGUGGAGCAUAUUUAGUAGUUUGUGAUGGAUUUAUUGUUAAUGUGAGAAAAUGGAUUAAGGUACAUCCUGGUGGAGCAAAAAUUCUUGAACAUGUCAUAGGAACAGAUAUAACAAAUGAUUUUUUUGGUUAUAAAGGUAAAGAGAUUAUUGAGCAAAUUAAUUUACCAGCAAUAAAAUCAAUAAAACCUGUUCCCACUGGUAUAUCAACAUCAGUUUUAGCACAAUAUACAGAUAUUUUACAUGAGAGAACCAAAAAAUAUACAACUGAAAGAAAUUCAGUUGCACAAGUUGUUGAUGAUAUGAAUCGUAAAUAUUUCUUAAAGGCACCUUUGGCUAUACAUCCACAUAAUUUAUUUGCAAUUAAGAAAAUGGCAACAAUGGUUGAGGCAAAAUUAAAAGAAAGCCCAGAUGUUGAAUCAUCAAUAUUACCUGUACCAACAAUACCACCAAUGGAUGUAAAUAAUAUUGAUAUUGAUAGUGAAGCAGAUUCAGGAAUUGCUAGACAAGAUACAAUGUUUAGAAUAAAGUUCCGCAGAUACAAACUGACAAGCAAAGUACCUAUCAAUGGCAGUAAAGAAUAUCCAGUGAUGAAAUUCACAUUUACAAUAGUGCAUCAAAAUGAAAAUGAAGCUUAUAAUCAUAAAUUGAAAUUCUUGCCAGGACAUUAUAUUGAAGUGCAAUCAAGAAUUAAAGGGCAAGUGGUAAUUAGAAGUUAUACACCAAUAGAAGGCAAUAUUGUUCAAAGUUUUAGUAUUUUUGUUAAAGUGUAUCCAGAUGGAUUAAUGUCACGACAUUUGAUUCAAGUGAGAGGACCAUUUGAUGUUGGAGAUAGAGAAGUUUUGCAAACACCAUUAUCUGUUGAUGCAACAUCACAAUAUAGAAAAUCAAGUUUACUUGCAAAAAAUAUCCCAUCAUUCAUAUCUUCAUCAACAAGUUCUUUACUUAAUCCUAAGACUCAGGAUGGUCAUUGGAAAAAAUUAUAUAUGAUUUGUGGUGGUACUGGAAUUGCACCAAUGUUACAACUGAUAACAUACCAUUUGGAAUUAUGUAUGAGACGUAGUCAUGCACCAACAAUACCUAAUAAACGAGUAUCAAUGCAUUUGUUAUAUGGUAACCAUAGAAUAGAGGACAUAAUUAAUGGUGUAGAAUUAGAAGAUUAUCAAUUAAAUAGUGCAGGUAUGCUAACUAUAACAUAUGCACUAAAUAAACCAUCUCUAGCUUGGACAGGGGAAAAUGGUGAAAUUGAUCAAGGAAUGGUUUCAGAUUG